AUGGCACCCGUCGCACCUGCUCCGCCUGCACUCCAGGAGGCUUCCCACAACUCGACUGUUGCUUGGCAAGACGACCUCAAAGCGCUAUUUACCCACGCGAAAGAUCGGUUUCCUGACGUUGUCUGGGAGCUCAUUGAUGAGCAAGAUGGUGCGGCGCAGGGAGCAGAGGAGGUCUGGGGUCACAAAGCUGUGGUGUACGCGCGAGCACCCCCAAGUUUUCAAGCUCGAUACUUUUCCUUCAAGCCACCACCUCCCACGUCCCCCCAUCCGUAUUCUUCUUCUCCGACAGGCACACUCCCUGCUCAAUCCGCUCUCUCACUUAGCCUUGGGGUCGACUAUCCGUCAGUUUCUCGUUCCCCUUCUCCCUUUCGUGCGCCUUCGCCUUCACCUUCAGCCAACCUUGGUGCUCUUCUGCGCAUUUCCCGACCCAUAAAUCCAACAUUGUUCUCCAAUGAAUUGGAGUAUCUAUACACGGGUAUUGGGUUUGGCGAAGCCUUUGAGUUUCUCUUCGACACUUCGGAAAGCAAGGAAGAUGAAGAGGAAGAAGAUGCAGAGGAUGCAAGAAUAGACAAGCUGCGCAAAGAUCUUGUCUUUAUGUGGCGUUCUCGUCUGUUCUCUGACAUUCGCAUCGCACUUAGCGGUACUUUCUCUUCGACAAAUCACGAGAGUGCUACUGCAAUUUUCUCAUCCCAUCGGUUCAUUCUCGUGUCGCGUUCGCCAUAUUUCCAGACCCAGCUGGUUACCUGGGGUGUCAACCAGACACCUGGCGAACCACUGACAGUGACUUUGCCAUCUCCCCCCUUUACACCAGCAUCUCUCCAUUUCACACUCGGCUUUAUUUAUACAGGAACCCUGGCGUUUUCCAACCGUACGUUUGACCUCGACACCGCCUUCCACAUCAUGCGAUCAGCGACGUACUUAUCGCUGGACACGCUGUACGACGAGAUACAGGCGCGUAUUGUCCAGGAGAUGAUGCAUGGCCUUUUUCAUGCCUUUCUAGAGUUCUCUGAGUAUGAGGCGAUCACGGGACGCAAAUGGGGCACUGGAGGUUGCCGCUGUCGCCAGUGUGCGCGGCGAGCACCCAGAGUACUUGAAUUUGCUCUCAUGGACGACGUGAAGAAUCCUCAUCUCGAACGUGGUGCCCGCCGUGCUCUCGUGGGGCUAUUUGGCGAAGGCUGGUGUACUUCCGAAUUCUCGCACUUACCGCAGAAGACGCGUCUUGGGAUUCUGCAAGGAUUGUCGAAGAGGACAACACCUGAGAAUGUCUUCGCCCUUCUGAAUGCAGCACAGGCGGCUUUGAGAAGGGUCGAAGGAGUCAUAGAACCUUGGGCUGAAGUUGUGAAAGACAUGGUCCUUGCGGCCAGGAAGACUAUAGAUGAGGUAUUGUGUUCUCAGGCCGACCAGUUUUUCGAGCAAGAUGAGUGGCUAGAAAUUAUGGCAUCUAACGGGGCACAUUUCGAGGAUGGGGAGAAAGUUGAGCUCGUUAUGGAGUCUAUCCGACGAGGACUUGGAGAGAAGAAUGCUGCUAUGCUCUAUCAGACUUUGGUCUCCUCCGUACUGUUGCGUCCUCAUCCAACUGAGAAUGACGAAGCUAUGCUCUCGUCAACGUCUCACGUGCGUGUUUCCGUAGAGCAGGUUCGCAUGGAUAUUCUCCGUUGGCUCCGACGACGAUGGAUAAAUGUGAAACAAGAGGGUGGAUUUGAUGCUCUGGAUCACUGGGCUGCGACGGAGAUCAGUCACGAAAUUGAUGUUUCGAUGGAAGAUCUUUACGGUUCCGCGCCGGCAAUCGGUACACCAAGAGGAGGAGCUGGGAGAAGCGGUACUCGUCCCAGUAUAAUCAAAACGGAUGACAACGAGAGUGCUAGUGUGCAUUCAUUACGAGCCAGUGUGCUUACGCGUAACACUCCUAAACAUGGAGGGGAUACGAUCAAGUCCUCUGGUGCAUCUGUCAAGUCUAUAGCCAGGAGCACUCACUCUACCGUGUCACGGACGAGCACCCUUGCAACUUCGCGCCAUCAUACUCCGCUUUCCGGGCAACGACCCGAUUCGAAGCUGACACCUGGAGUUACAUCAAGCACACCAUCCAUGCGCUCAAGUAUCACACAGUCGGACAGGACUUCUAUCCUCAAUGUCACGUCCAAAGCUAGCCGUUCGUCUCUACCGACAAGGCGGAACGUGUCCAGCAGUGUCUCCACGAAUGAUAGAUCGUCGAAGAUUCGAUCAAGUGCGGCCUCUGUCAAGUCACAGGCAUCUACAGUUCGCAGAGGCGUUGCAGGAUCAUCACAUUUAGCCGCGCCAUCAGCCAUUUCUCGACCCCCUUCCACAAUGUCAUCGACCACUAGCGAUGGCUCCACUGCUUUUGAAACUGCAAAAUCGGACCUGCCAAGCUCAGCCGCACGAAGUCGCCGUAAUUCUGCGGCAUCCUCGGUUUCAACUGUAAGCGUUAGAACUACGGGUACGUCAACGCCCAGGGUGCCGAGGAUUCGACCAUCUUCUAGUGUCUCAAAGCAAAGCACACCAUCUACAAAGUCCAAACGCCCUUCUCCUUCCCCCAUCGAUUCCUCUAAAUCCAGUCCAAUAGCGAAGAGGACGCUAUCGACUGCGUCCACUCGAUCGACGACAUCUACUGCGUCCACGUCUCCAGUGGCCAGACGAGUGAUCUCAAGAAAGCCUUCAGGAACUCCUUCUCAGCGCUCGUCUACGACUGCGAACGGGCGAGUACAUAGCACUGAUAAGGAGGCAAUAGCAAAUGUUAUCACAAGCAAAACAAGAACAUCCGCAGGGGUCUCGCAUGAGAAGCAGGCCAGCGUUGUGUCAUCAAGUAGCGCAUCUACUGUAAAGGAAUCUUUGAAGCGCAAGAGUUCAUCAGAUACGAUCAAAGAGUCAUCUCUGCCUGUUAAGGCGACGAGUGAUAUUCCGCGUGGAGCAACUCUUGAUAUUGGCAUACCAUGCAUCAUUUCGUCUAAGAAGGCUCGAUUCCGUGCGUACGCCCGAUAUAUUGGCGAAGUUGAAGGUGAAGCAGGGCCAUGGGUUGGAGUAGAGGUGCCUGUCAACGACAGCUGGCCCGGCGAGAAGCUCGAAGGGCGGCAGUGGCACGAUGGGACCUGGGGCGGCAUCCGAUACUUUGACAUAGGGAGCAUGUCUGAGUGGGAAUAUGGCGACGAUCGAGCAGCGAGGCGCCGUAGGAUUGACUGGGUCAACAACCUAGGGAGGGAUCCGAAGAACACACUGAAGAGGGAGGGAGACCAGCUAAGCAUCGAACGCGCGAAGAGACUACGCAGUGUUUCUCCUGCGGUUUCUGAUAUGUCAAACUCGGAGUCCAGAGGAUUAUUUGUCAGACCUCAGCAGGUGUUGUACGUCGUAGAUGCGGUCGGCUCGGAUUUAUAA